AACCUGGACAUAAUUCUCGUUCGCAUCGUAGCGAUAGUUCUGUCUUCGUUCUCUAGUUUCUAGUCUGCCUCUAGCUCUUCUACUUGUAAGGAUCUUCUCCAGUUUCCUCGCCAUGUCACUUUGCCGUCAGAACUACCAUGUCGACUGUGAGGCGGGUGUCAACAAACAAAUUAACUUGGAACUGCAAGCAAUGUAUGCGUACAUGGCGAUGACAGCCUACUACGACCGAGACGACGUUGCGCUCGGUAAGGUCGCCUCGUUCUUCCGCAAGAGCGCAGCAGAAGAGAAGUGCCACGCGGAUCUGCUCAUCGAGUACCAGAACAAGCGGGGUGGUUGCGUCACCUUGGAGCCAAUCCCAACGCCAAGCCAAGAUACAUUCGAGAACCUUGAGCAGGCCUUCCAAGCGGCGCUGGACUUGGAGAAAAAGGUGAACCAAGCUCUGUUGGGCCUGCAUGAAGUAGCUGCCAAACACGACGAUGCUCAGAUGACCGACUUCCUCGAAGGAAGCUUCCUCGGGGAGCAGGCAGAUGCAAUCAAGGAGCUUGCUUCGCAUGUGACCAAUCUGAAGCGACUUGGCGCAGGCCAAGGUGAGUGGCAUUUCAACAAUACACUGGAAAUAUAACAAUACGGAGGUGGGCAAGUCUUACGUAGCUACCGGUACAUAUUAUUGUACUACAUGUACAUCGAAGUAGCUGUCUAUCUGCCUGUGUGCUCACAGAUUUGUUAUCUUUCUGCGUGUGAAUAGUCGUGUGGUGUUUUUUAAAUCUUUUUUUUCAGUUGAGCACUAGUGAUUUUGUACCUGAACGCGUUUACAAAAUUAAUCACGCUUUAUUUUUUUUACAAAAUUUGAAUUUGUGGUACCGAUCUAUAUUUAAAAUAAUUAUUUCGUAUCACAACUGCCUAUUUCCGGUCUUUACUCUUCCCACUGGCCUGCUGCGCGCGCGUGUGCGACUUUCUAUGGAUAUUAAUCUCUAAAAGCCUACGGGUGCGAUCAAGCAAAUGCUGAGAAACUCCCAACUGUCAUUGUCCCUGUCUGACUGUAUUCGUGUUAGUCCAGGUUUUUAGUUGUGCGCCUAUUUCACAAUAUUUUACAAUUCUAGCCUUUUAAAAACUCUUCGAGGAGCUCCCUCUUAUGCAACUUGCGUGCGUGCGCGCGUAUUUCUGUGUGUGUGUGUGUGUAUGCAUGUGUGUGUGUCUGUGCGCGUGCGCUCGCUUGUGUGUGUGCGUGUGUUUAAUGGGUCGCCGCCAUAGUAUUCUUGCCAUCCCUGAAACGAACAUUGUUCAUUUCCGGGGAGGGGAGUAACGAAAUUGCAAGUCCACCCACACUCUACUAAGUGGACGUGCAUACGAUUUGGGUCGUCCAGCGUAGCAAACUGCAUUCAUUUGGUCAGAGUACGA